AUGGCGUUCCCAUAUGGCCAGUACCCACCCUAUGACGCUCCAGCUCCAGGUCCGCACCCUAGCGGCGGGGCAUACUGUACGCCCCAGGACGCCCCGCAUGGUUAUGGGUCACAGCAACCAUAUGGACAGCCUGGCCAGCUUGAACAGUAUACGGGUGCCCACACCACCCAGCAUGAUUUGAGCCCGCAAGCGCAACAGCAUCAGCCGCCGCCGCUCAGGGAUUUUCUGAGCCCGUCUGAUGCGCUGGGGUACCAGCAUGCGCCCGGAAACUACGAAGCUAGAGGUCGCCAGGGCAGCAACGCUGAGUAUUACAACCAGCAUACCGACGAACAUAGAGAUGUUUCCCGAUCACGGCGUAGCCGAUCCCGCGCGUCCAGUAGCGCGAUGAAGGACAGAUCCGGAUCGCGGUCUAGGUCUAGAUCUGGGUCAUCAGGGCAGGAUCGUGGCCUUGCGGGAACGUUGAUGGGAGGUGCGUCUGGGUACUAUCUGGGACAUAAACAGAGUCAUGGUCUCCUUGGUGCUUUGGGUGGUGCACUACUAGGGAAUUUUCUGGAGCACCGGGUCGAGGAACACAAGGAGCAUGGCGAGGAUCAUCAUAAGCGCCAUCACCAUCGCCAUCGUCACCAUCAUCAUCAUCAUCAUCAUCUUGAUCAACACCACCAUGGCCAUCGGCAUCAUCGGAGCCGCUCGAGACAUAGUAGACACAGUGACGAUUCUUGA